GCGGGCGGCGGCGCGCGCGCGCAGUCUGUCGCCGUCCCGCGCGCGCAGUCUGUCGCCGUCCCGCGCCCGCUGCCGCCAUGUCCGCGCGCGCCGCGUGCUCGCUGCUGCUGUGCCUGGUGGCAGGCAGUCUGCAAUUAUCAAUAAAAGAGUUUGUGGUGCCAAAGGCAGUAGAAGUCGGGCAGGAUGCAGAGCUGCUCUGCCAGUACGAGUUGGGGGAGAACGAGACGGAGGUCGCGCUCUACGUCAAGUGGUGGUGGACUCCCCAGUCGGGCUCCAGCUACGACAGGAAGCAGAUCUACCAGCGCAUAGCGGGCCAAGCCGCAGAGGCCAUCCACCACGACAAUACUAGCCAAAUUGAAAUAAGAAAUGAUGAUACUAUCGUGUUACUGGAUGUAAACCCCGUGGAUUCGGGGACAUACGAGUGUGAAGUGUCGAAUAUUGAAGAGAUAAGAAAUCACGAGAAGCUCAUUGUAUUCUCAAUGGGUACAGGCCCUGAAAUAAAUUAUACGUUAAUUGAGGGAGACAAUGAUGUAGAAGAAGACAUGUUAUUAAUAGAAUGCAAAGCUGAAAAUGUUGCGCCGUCACCAGAUAUGGCUAUUAUCUUUCAGGGGGGAAAAAUUGACAUAUCCAAAAAUGUCGAAGACGUUAAUCAAGAUGGCUUGUACGACAUUUCUGGAAAUGCCACUGUAAGUGCGAAAGAUAUAGAUGAAGGCGAGAUACGCUGCGAGCUCUUCUACACCACUUUAGAUCAUCCACCCUACGUCGACGUCGAAACGUAUAUCCGACCAGGCCGCGACGCGCCGCCCACUGCGCAGCCGGCGCAGAACGCGACCGAGCCGGAACCUACGCACGAGUCCUUGCAAAACUCCAGUGACGAUGCUGGUCGGGUUCACAGUACAUGGACGCUACUACUGUUUGCCGGUGCUGCGACGUAUUUACAAGCCACCCAGACCUUUCGAUUGUGAUACUAAUUACUACGUAACAAUGCUUUAACUUUCCUAUUAAGUACCUGUAUAAUAUCUCAAAUUAUUUUAUAAAAAUAUUACUUGCUAUUGUUGCAAAUAAAUUGCUCUAACUAAAA